AUGGAGGAUGAUGAUGGUUACGCUAUCAUGACCCGGACGAAGAGGAUAAACUCAACCCAGCCAUCUCAGCUCAGGAGCCAAGGUUCUCCUCCCGGUCUCGACAGUUAUAAAGUUGCUGUGGGAAUCUUAGGGGCUGUGUGUGUCCUUCUGGUGUCGGCUGUGAUUGCUCAGAGUGUCUGGGGUUUCCAGGCCGGACAGGCCAGUUGCAGCGCACAAUUUGACGUUUGGCAGGCGGCCUUCGUGUCUCGUCUCAAGCAGAGUCUGUGUGACCCAGCCGGGAACGGCCCAGCAGGGGGCACCGGGUGCAAACUCUGCCCCAAGGACUGGCAGACGCACAACGGAAAGUGCUACUGGGAUUCUAAAAGGAGUCCGAUGUGGAACGAGAGCCAGAAAGACUGUGAAUCGAGGAAUUCACAAAUGCUUGUGAUCCGGGACCAAGAGGACAUGGAUUUCAUAAACAUGAUCACAGAAGGCACAAGCCACGUCUGGAUCGGCCUGAACAUCACGUCCCACACUGGGAACUGGACCUGGGUGGACGGCUCCCCUUUAAAUCAAACGCUGUUCCUGGUCUCGGGCCCUGUUGCCUCCAACAGCUGUGGGGUGGUAAAGGGGAACCGAAUCAACUCGGAAACCUGCAGCGCCGAAUUCAAGUGGAUUUGCCAGAAAGACGCUGUCGUGGUGUGAGGCAAAUGAGAACGUCAGUGCCCAGGA